UUCCUUUAGGAAGAAGUCGUGCGGUCAUCUCCCGUCGGUAUGUCUGGCCGAGGCAAACAAGGUGGUAAAGCCCGCGCUAAAGCUAAGUCCCGCUCGUCCCGGGCCGGACUGCAGUUCCCGGUGGGCCGCGUCCACCGGCUGCUCCGCAAGGGCAACUACGCGGAGCGGGUGGGGGCGGGCGCGCCCGUCUACCUGGCCGCCGUGCUCGAAUACCUGACGGCCGAGAUCCUGGAGCUGGCGGGCAACGCGGCCCGCGACAACAAGAAGACCCGCAUCAUCCCCCGCCACCUGCAGCUGGCCGUCAGGAACGACGAAGAGCUCAACAAGCUCCUCGGGGGCGUCACCAUCGCUCAGGGCGGCGUCCUCCCCAACAUCCAGGCCGUGCUGCUGCCUAAGAAGACCGAGAGCCAUAAGCCUACCAAGGGCAAAUAAUUCGGAAACCCCUUCCGUUCACUAAUUCGGCUACCUCUUCCUCAAAGGCUCUUUUUAGAGCCACCCAAAAGGUCAAAUAAAGGAGCUAGUAAACCUUCAAAGCUCAAAGUCGCU